AUGGGAUAUAAAUUAAUAUUAACUUUGGUGUUGGUUAUUACUAUUCUCUCGAUUCAUAUAUCUGCCCAUGACUCUGCAACAGCUCCAGUCAUCCAUGAUUUACAAAGUAAUAAUAUCGACCAAUAUUUAAGUAAAGGUAUUUGGAUGUUAUGUUUCUAUGCGCCAUGGUGUAAACACAGCAAAGCAUUCGAGCCAAUUUUCAACGAACUAGCUACUCUUCUCAAAGGUCACAUUAAUUUCGCUAGAGUAGAUUGUAUAUCCGACCCAGCUAUGCUACAUAGAUUCGGUGUAGUCGCAUACCCAACCAUUAAAUUAUUAUUUGAUGGAAAGCUAUAUGAAUAUGGUGGAGAAAGAACCAUUCCAGCUGUGAUUCAUUUCUUGCAAUAUGGUUAUCAGCAAGUAACUCCAGUUGAUUUCCCAAAUCUAAUUACUCCAGAUUUGACUCCCGAGCAAAGAAUUAUGAACGCACCAAAUGAACCACACGAUCACCAUGAGGAUGAGAAGCCAAAGCCACCAAAAGCACCAGAAGCUCCACAAAACAACCCACCAAGCAGCAAUAACAACUAUAACAUUCCAAAGAGUAUGGGACAAAGUUGGAUUGAUCCAUCUGAUUGGAAGGAUUCUAAAUUAUUAUAUUGUGUACUCGGAGGUAUGGUUACAGCAUGUGGAUUAAUGAUCAAGAAGAGAUUGACAAAGAAAUCAAAGUUUAUGAAGAUUGCCUAA